GUGACAGGAGACCGCUGCAUACCGGCAAGGGGGAACCCACCGUUUCUCACCAGGCGAGAAACGGCCUGAGGGAACGGAUGAAAUUCAAUAGGAAUAAGUGUGACGAGGUGGGCUUGGCAGGAGUACCCCGAGAGCUGAACGUGAGCAGCGCCUGCCGCAGGGGAGUCACCAGGCGUCUUCUUGGAAGCUGCGAGUAGCAGGGUGCCCUGCAAGACACAGGAAGAGCUUCUGCUUGGGGUUGCUAUCCUGGCAGUUGGGGAGGUCUCGGCAGGAUCACAACGCCCGAUUUUGGAUGCGGCGCUUCAGGAAUGAUGCCGGAGUCCUAGGAGGAACGAUGGAACCAUCAAAGCUCCAGCAAACUUGGCUUAUGAAGAAAGACAACGUUUGAGUCGUUCUACUUAGAAAAAAGAAGACUAAUGGAAUGUAAUGCUUACUUUCAUCUUUGAGACUCGUUGUUUCCUCCAUGUCUCUGAGGAGCAAGAUAAGAAAUUAUAGGCUUAAACUGCAGCAGGGAACGUUAUGGUUAGGUAUGAGGAUAAAAAUUUCUACCAAUAGGAUGACUCGACUGCGUUGGAAAGAUACAGAAUUUCUAUUGUUGCAGGCCUUUAAGAACAGAUUAGAUUGUCAUUACUUCCGUUUAUCAUGCAGAGAAUGAAACGCCACCGUGCUUCUUCCAGUAAGAUGGGGGAGACCUCUGUUGGGCGAAUGGUAAAACGAUCCCGUAAAUCAGUACAUGAACAAGGGCCUUCCAGCAAAAAACAGAGAACAGAUGGAGGAGGAAGAAAACAAGGUCAAAAAGGAGAGCAGAUCACUCAGACAAUCAAAUGGAAAGCUAAGGAACACGGGGACUAUUCUCCUGCAGAAAAUUGUUCUUCAAAAAAAAUGAAGCUAACCAGUGCUGAAAUAGCAUCUUGGCAGACUCUCUCAGAGAGCAGCAGGCAGUUUCUGGAAACUGUGAUGGAUUCAGUAAUACUAUCUGUUUUGUGCCAACAAAGGGAGAGGAAAGAUGCUGUUCAGAAACACCUCAAUCUACUGAAAGAAAGGAUGCUGAGAUUUUUCAAGACCUUAAAGGUACCUCCGGGAAAGCUGGGCAACCUGAAGAGUUUCCUGAGCCUUCAAGUGGCAGAAAAGCAAAUGCUUGAGACAAAUGAAGAGUCUUUGGUACAAUUGCAGGAAGAAAUAAAUGAAGCUGAAAGAUCAGCAGAACACAUAGAUGAAACUAUACAGCAACUACAGUACAAAAUCCAGGUGCUCAGGAGCCAGUUGGAGGAAGAUGAAAAAAAGGCUAAGGAGAUAUUCCAGGAAGACUGCAGAGGAGCACUCCACCUUCCAGAACUCCCCAAGCACAGUUUAGAGACACCCACUCUGCAGGAAGAAAUUUUGAAGAUAAAAAAUAAGAAGGGUCUUCUGAAGGAUAUGAACACUAUUCAGCAGUCAGCUGAAAUGAAGAACAUGUUAACCCUCAUUGAAAAGAUCUAUGAGAAGGUGGACAACCUUUGAGAAAUCAAAAUAUGCAGAGUCUGCUUUGAAGCAAGAUAACCUAUGCCAGUAUUCUAUGCUAAUGCAGAACAGCAGAUGUCGAUCAUGGAAACAGUACUCUGGGUUCCUAAACGUUCUAUUCUUGAGACUACUGAAUUUCUGUUAAAACAUUGCUUAUGAAUAUUGACAUAAAAAUUCAUAGAUGCUUUUUGGGACUUUAGUGAUUUAAGUACUCAUUCAAGAAUUUUUUUUGACCAGCGAGGACCUCAUCUAAUGAGGAUAAUAUAUUUUCUUAGAAGAAGAGAGGGAAAUGCGUUUUGGGUUUAUCUGUACGUUUUUUUGUAUGGACUUGGGCAAUGUAUUCUGUUAUAUAUGGACUUUUAUAUCAAAUCUGUAAAUUAGUAAAUAAAGUGCCUCUUAUAAAACUAACAU